AGUUACUGGGGUGCUGGCGUCGAGCCCGAACGUCGUAUGGAUCAUAUUCGUGGUGUGUUUCACAGACACAGAAGUCGUCCGCGCAAAAAAUUUUAGUACAACACGAAAUUUGAUUUAUUUUUAUUGAUUCAUUUUUCGAGUCCUAAGUAAAGGCAAAACACGAUAGACUGACACGGUCAGCUGGCACGGUGCCGUGUUGUCUUGAGCAGAAAGCAGACACUACGGAUUUAUAUCGUGGAUUUUUCGUUUUUGACGCACCUCCAUGCCGAAUUGUUUCAACAUCCGCGCAUCAAACUUCGAGCCAAUGUCGAUAUCAAAUGUAAAAGUGUCUGGGUCUGGAAGAUUCUGACUCUGAGACUUGUGGUGCAUGUUUUGCAUGACCCAGGACGGCUAUAAUGCACGCCCUAGCAUCUGCAUCACAGAUUUUUAAAGGGCUUCCUAAUGCCUACUCCGCAUGACAAACGCCCUCCCCGCGUAGCACAAUCUAGACUCCUCUUGCUUGUCAUGCAAUACAGAGCUUCUUAGAUUCCGAAGUUAGCAUCACAAGUUCAAUCCUCCCAGACCCAGACAUUCUUGCAUUUGAUAGUCGACGCCGACGAACGACGAAAACUUCAUAAAGUCGAUCAACAAGACGAAGAUAUGUUGCGUUGGAGCCGGCUACGUCGGGGGGCCGACGAUGGCGAUGAUCGCGAAGCAUUGUCCUCACAUACAAGUGCACGUCGUGGACAUUGCGGAGGCGCGAAUAGCCAAGUGGAAUUCACCCGAACUUCCUAUCUAUGAGCCGGGGCUGCAGGAGGUGGUGGAGCAAACGAGGGGCAAGAACCUGUUUUUUUCAACCGAGGUGGAAAAGGCGAUAAAAGAAUGCGACAUCAUCUUCGUCUCCGUGAACACACCAACAAAAAAAUCCGUACAGUUUGUCUUCGUUUUUCUUGGUAGGAUGUGCUGUCGCUUGGUAUUGGUGCUCAGAAAAAGUGUUCUCGCCACUGAGUGCUGCAAAGCGCAUGCAUCUGCAUCUGCAUGAAUUUAUCGUCCCUCCACCUUCCUUCAGGGUCUCGGUGCCGGUAGAGCAGCCGAUUUGAAAUACUGGGAAUUGGUAGGGCGCACGAUUGCAAAGGUAGCCACAAAGGAGAAAAUCGUGGUAGAAAAGUCCACCGUGCCAGUCAAGACCGCAGCUGCAUUGGACAGGGUACUUACUUCACUUUAAUCCAUCACACCGACACCGUAUUCUCAAAUCUACUCUCUCACUAUUCUAAUUCUUUCAUCGGCGUUCGAAUCGACCAUAAGGUUGAGGGCGGCUGGCCGACUGCUAAAAGUGGUUUUAAUUUGAAGCUCGUGUGCCGCUGGAUGAUCAAAGUAUAAAACGAUUUCAUCGCAUUUCAAAAAUUUAGGUUCUGAACAGCGGGACGCACAACUCAAAGUUUGUUAUUUUGUCUAACCCAGAGUUUCUCGCGGAGGGAACGGCAAUCAAGGACCUCACGGCACCAGACAGGUAAGUUGGGAAGUUUAAGUUUUUAUUCAUGUGCACAAGAAGUUUGUAAAACAUACCAGAAGCAGUGGAUGCAGUUUCACCACCAGUUCGCUUUCAGUCGGAGCGCGGUAGUAGAAAGCCGAAAAACUUUUGACAGAAUACUCAUCGGGGGUCCGCAGAAUCGUCCCGGACUUGAUUCUUUGGAUGUGCUCGCCGAUGUGUACGCAAAUUGGGUGCCACGGGACAAUAUCAAAUGUAAAAGUGUCUGGGUCUGGAAACUUGUGAUGCCAAGUGGCGAUGAUUGAGCAUACUGCUGAGUGCAGUCAAGCAUGACAAAUUUUCAGGACGCCUUCUCAUGUGUAAUGCGCAUGAGAAACUGCGUUUCUGCAUGACAAAGAAUUCGCGCUGUUGUCGGCUACGCAAUACAGAUUUUACAGGAGUGGAAGACACGCAUUACAGAUUCCAAUUUUUCCAGACCCAGACAUUUUUGCAUUUGAUAGACAAGAUCCUCACGACGAACCUCUGGUCGUCGGAACUGAGUAAGCUGGUGGCGAUAUCCUGAGUAAAAACGUACCCACACCAUAGUUGUCAUGCAACUCUGCAUGCUUAAAAUGUUUCUCAUGCGGAGCCCCAUGAGAAGCGUUUUCUAAUGCGGUUUUGAAAUUUGUCAUGCUCCAAUCAGCACGAGAUACUAGAUCUGUAAUGCUGCUAAACUAGCUCAAACAGCACUACACUACGCGGACAAACUUGUCAUGCCAAACAACCAAAGCUGGCUGAUUUGUCUAGCAGAUUCCCCAUCCUGACUCUGGUGUGGGUACGUUUUUACUCAGGAUAGGCGAACGCCUUCCUGGCGCAGCGCGUGAGUAGCAUCAAUGCAAUCUCCCAGCUGUGUGUAAAAACCGGGGCAGAUGUCACGGAGGUAAGUACAACUGUUUUGUCCCUGUGGCUAUGCCUAGCAGCUGCAUGAGUAUUUGCAACGUAAAAUAAUAGAUUUUUGAGUAGAUGCGUUCCUCUGUAAGAUUUAGAUUUCUUAUCAUUUUUUCAGCUGCUCAGAAAUUUUAAUUUUCGCUGGUUUCUCGCACCAGGUUGCAAACGCCAUCGGCAUGGACAGCCGGAUAGGGCCGAAGUUUUUGAAAGCGAGUAUCGGUUUUGGUGGGAGCUGUUUCCAGAAAGACAUCCUGAACCUCGUGUACCUCUGUCACCAGUUUGGCCUCAAGGACGUGGCGGACUAUUGGGAGCAAGUGGUACAGAAUCUGCGUUUGGUGUGCAACUAGAGGAUGUUUUUUUUCUUGUUCGGCCGCCGCGUUCUGAGAGGAAAAACAGACGCGAAGAGUGUUUUGUUCGCGUCAAAUGUUGCACACUCCCUGCUUUUCUACAAACUUAUCCGCCACAACCAGGUGAUCAUGAACGACCGACAAAAAGACGCGUUCACGCACAACAUGAUUGAGAGCAUGUUCAACACGGUGAACGGAAAAAAGAUCGCCAUUUUCGGCUUCGCCUUCAAAAAAGACACGGGGGACGUGCGGGAGACGCCCGCGAUUCGUGUGUGCGAGCUCCUGAUGGAAGACGGUGCCAUCUGCCACGUGUACGACCCCAAGGUCGAAAUCAAAGGUAUACAUACUUGUCAAUCUGUGCACAUAGUUUCUGCCGACGAUACAAGACUAGAAGCGCCAUAAAGCUGUAGUAGGGACCCUGCUCUGCAACUGCAACUCCUCUUAAAGCGAAUCACACGCAUUUGCGUCUGAAGUAGAAGAUGACGCGCCACUGCUAUACCCUUCAAUCCCACGAAAUAAAACACACAUGAUCAGACGCACUGUUGGAGUUCAAGCUCCAUGACGUGGAGGUUUCGGAGAGCCGGUUCAAAUUGUGCGGGAGUUAUCAGGAGGCGUGCGACGGCGCGCAUGCCAUCGUGAUUCUGACAGAGUGGGACGAGUUUCAGACGUACAACUACGCCGAACUUUACGAAAAAAUGCAGAAGCCGGCCUUUGUUUUUGACGGCAGAAAUUUGCUGAACCACACACAGCUAGCGGAAAUCGGGUUCGAAGUGCACGCAAUCGGGAAGUCGAGAAGAUACACCACCAGCACGAGGCGGAGUUACACAAUGGAGGACAAUGGUGGUCCAUAUCAAAUUUAAAAAUGAAGCAUGCAUAUGUGCAGCAGCUCACGAGCAGGCUAUUCUCUACUAUGGGACGACGACGUACACUUUCGUAGGUCGGUCGUGACAGCAGAUUUUCAUUGUGUCGACGAUAUUCAUCAAUGAACGGUCAAGCAAUGGAAAUUUUUUUUGUACACUAAAGACUCACUCAAUUUUCUUUUCCGUAGCGGCUGGAGAAUCACGACGAGGACACCAUUGGUACAGGUCGUUCCUGGCUAGCCGCUCUUGCCAAGCGACUUGUGAGAAUCCGUCCGUUGAAAAAUGCCGCUCCGAAAUGUAAAGAUAGUUCGGUUCUUUCGCGGAUGCUGUAGUGGAAAGCACAAUCAGAGUCUUCUAGCUCUAUUCCAUAUGUAAAUGCAUUUGUCGCAGGACCCGCACACAGAGAAGCAAAGGCUUCAAGCGGGGAGCGAGACCUGAUCGGGACGAAAAAAAACAAGCAAAAGUGUAUCGCC